UAUGUUUGUCCAUUGUGUGUUACCCGGAUCAGGAAGAACGUUAUUGCAGGCUAGAUUAGCGUCCCAAAUUCUGUUUAUAAUGGCAUUUAUAUUGAAAUAACUCUUGAAUAAUUUGUAAAGAUUGCUUUAUUUUGUAUUAUCUUUAGAGAUCUAUGAAAGUAGCACAAUCUAGCAGCAAGCUAAUUAGUGCAGAAACAUUAGGAGCACAACGCAGCCUAUGUAGGCAGCCUACAUAGGGAACUAGGGGGCGUUUGGACUUCUGUUUAUCAGUUUGGAAGCGAUAUUUACAUUAUGUCGGAGUCUGGACACAGCCAGCCCGGGAUGUACGGACAAGGACGGAGGAGACGCAGGCGGAGAGACAGGGAGCCUGGACCACCUGGACAGAAUCUCUCCGGACCGAGUCGUGAUCGAGACUACGGGCCUCGAGAGCGCAGGGAUGGGAGCGAAGAACCAUCCGGUCCACUUCUCCAGAAAACACCUAUCAUUCUGGCCAAACCACCAGGAGAAAGGGCAAAACCAAACGCCACAGUCGGCGGUAACCCCUUAGACAAACCGAUCAUGCUGAUAAAAUCCAGAGAAGAAGGAUGUAAAACGGGCGCCAUACCGGAUGCUGCUCCUCCCGUUUCUGGCUCUGGAGCAGCAAAGCUGGAGCGAGAGGGCCAACGUCCAACACAGCCUGUGUAUCAGAUCCAGAACCGCGGAAUGGCUUCGGCUGCGUCCACCUGCGCUGUCGAUCCUGUGAUCGGUCAGACGAAGCUCCUCCCCCCCGAGAAAAUGAAGCACAGCAUUAAACUGGUGGACGACCAGAUGAAUUGGUGCGACAGCGCUAUAGAGUAUCUACGUGACCAGACCGACAUGCUGGUUGUGGGAGUCAUUGGGCACCAGGGAAUGGGAAAGUCCACCAUCAUGUCUUUCCUCUCAGCCAACAUGCCUGAAGAAGACCAAAGGGCGUAUGUGUUCAGGGCCCAGACGCAGGAGAUCAAGGAGAGAGGAGGCAACCAGACGAGUGGAAUCGACUUCUAUAUUACACAAGAGAGAGUGAUCUUCCUGGACACCCAGCCAAUUUUAAGCCCUUCUAUUUUGGACCAUCUCAUCAAUAAUGACCGCAAGUUGCCACCAGAGUAUAACCUGCCACACACCUAUGUGGAGAUGCAGUCUCUACAGAUUGCGGCUUUUCUUUUCACCGUGUGCCACGUUGUAAUUGUGGUUCAGGACUGGUUCACAGACAUCAACCUCUACAGAUUUUUACAAACCGCUGAGAUGCUGAAGCCUUCGACUCCAUCUGCCAGCCACGACAGUGUUGGAUCAUCAGGACCGGAUGAUGGAUCAGAAUACUAUCCUCACCUCAUUUUCUUGCAGAACAAAGCGAGGAGGGAGGACUUUUGUCCGCGAAACCUGAAAGAUAUGCACAUGGUUGUAGACAAACUGAUGGCCCAUUCCCACCUGAAAUAUAAAGGUAUGCUGUCCAUGUUAGACUGUAAUAUAUUCCCUGGACUGGAUCGGGCCUACCUUGAAAAUGAAGUGAAUCUCUUCCUUUUGCCGAUUUUAGAGAACGAUGGAGAUGAAGCGUUGACAAGAGCAGGAUCUGGGUCUGUUCCUCUUUUCUCUCUGCUGCCUGGCUACAAAGGCCACCCGAGCUUUUCUUCACUGGUGUCCAAACUGCGUAGCCAAGUCCUGGCCAUGUCCCGCAAUCAGCUCUCCCACACCAUCCUCACUGAGAAGAACUGGUUCCACUACGCUGCAAGAAUUUGGGAUGGAGUAAAGAAGUCCUCUGCACUUUCCGAAUACAGCCGCUUGCUGUCGUAAACCAGACGAGACCCACGUCUGGAAACGGCACGCAAAGUGAAGCCUGUUCGACUAGAACAGGGAUGAGUCUUCGCUGGGACACUUACUUGUCAGACACCAGCUACUGGCAGUGUUGUAGCUUAAACAGGAAAAGACAGCAAGCUCGCUUGCGAACGUUGACGGAUCUUCUACCAAGUCUCUGAAUGUGGAUCUGACCCCAGAUCUCUGGCCUGCAUCUGAGAUUUAGGAAAAAGAGCUGACUUCGCAACAAAAAGACUUUAGUGAUCGUAUCGGACACAAAUCGUUCGUAUACAGAAACUCUGGGCAGGCAGAAUCUCAAGGUCAGGAUCAGACUGAAGCUGUGAGGUGGCACUGCUUCCUACUGUGCCACCUAUUAAUUUGCUAUCAGAUGAAAAAGUUGCAAGAUGCAUCUGUGUGGAAGAACGACUUAUGUUUAAUAAAAAAAAUUAAAUUCC